GCCCAGAAGUCUGUUUAGUGAUAGGCUACAGCCAGGCGUCAAGGCGCGGUGCUGAAAGAGUUAAUCAGAUGUGGAAGAGAGCGCUGAGCUUCCAUGGAUCCACCUUCAGAGAGAUGCACACAGCUGACUGGGAAACACAGGUAGUCUGUCCGAAUGGGCUCUCGGCAUACUUGUUGAUCUUCGGGCGAAGCACUGGUGCGAUAUGCGGAGCAGGAAACCGGCGGGUAGGCAGUAGGUCGUGCUGAGGAGCUUUCUGCCAUGUCGGAGGCAGAGGAGGGGGAAAUGGAUUGGUUUAGACCCUGGCAAAAGUAAACCAAUAACGACGCAUCCUGUUUUUAAAUGCUACUGCUUCAUCUCCGUUUGUGCCAGCGAAUUGAUUGUUCACAGAGCCGUACGUGCUGGUUUGAGUCAGUGCAGGAUGACAACAACAACUCCAUACGAUAAAAUAAUGACAGAAAACAGAAGCAGCUGUAGUCCAUAGCCCUGGAUGUUUGCCUGAUUCCUCAACCUAAAGUCAUCAUGGAGAAAUCCUUGGCAGAGCUAAAUAAAGCUGGUUCCCGCUCAACGUCAUUGCUGCCACCUGAACCGGUGGACAUCAUUCGCAGUAAAUCAUGUUUUCGUAGAGUAAGGCUGAAUGUGGGGGGUCUCCCACAUGAAGUCUUGUGGCGAACGUUAGAUAGGUUACCACGAACACGUUUGGGGAAGUUAAGAGAUUGUAACGCCCAUGAAUCUCUGAUGGAAGUGUGCGAUGACUACAACCUUGAGGAGAAUGAGUACUUUUUUGACCGACAUCCAGGGGCGUUCACGUCAAUUCUGAACUUCUACCGCACAGGUAAACUGCACAUGAUGGAAGAAAUGUGUGCCCUGUCGUUCAGUCAAGAACUCGAUUACUGGGGCAUUGACGAGAUCUACCUGGAGUCGUGUUGCCAGGCAAGAUACCACCAGAAAAAGGAGCAAAUGAAUGAGGAGCUCAAACGAGAGGCCGACAAUAUGAAAGACAUAGAGGGAGAAGAAUUUGACAACACUUGCUGUGCCGAAAAAAGAAAGAAACUUUGGGACCUUCUGGAAAAGCCCGGCUCAUCUAUUGCAGCAAAGAUCCUGGCCAUCAUUUCCAUCCUCUUCAUCGUGCUAUCCACCAUUGCCUUGUCUCUGAACACCCUUCCAGAGCUGCAGGACACAGAUGAGUUUGGCCAGUCCUCAGACAACCCACAACUGGCACACGUGGAAGCUGUAUGUAUUGCCUGGUUUACCAUGGAGUACCUGCUUCGCUUUCUCUCCUCACCCAACAAGUGGAAGUUCUUUAAGGGUCCUCUGAAUGUCAUUGAUCUGCUGGCCAUCUUGCCCUACUAUGUCACCAUAUUCCUGACAGAAUCCAACAAGAGUGUACUGCAAUUUCAGAAUGUCCGCCGUGUGGUUCAAAUUUUUCGGAUCAUGCGUAUCCUGCGGAUUCUGAAGCUGGCUCGUCACUCCACAGGCCUUCAGUCUCUGGGCUUCACUCUUAGGAGGAGUUACAAUGAGCUGGGCCUACUCAUUCUUUUCCUGGCCAUGGGCAUCAUGAUCUUCUCCAGUCUGGUGUUCUUUGCUGAGAAGGAUGAGGAAGAUACAAAGUUUAAAAGCAUUCCAGCUUCUUUUUGGUGGGCUACUAUUACUAUGACCACAGUUGGCUACGGCGAUAUCUACCCAAAAACCCUACUGGGAAAGAUAGUGGGGGGUUUAUGCUGCAUAGCUGGAGUACUUGUGAUUGCUCUACCUAUUCCCAUUAUUGUAAAUAACUUCUCUGAAUUCUACAAAGAGCAGAAGAGGCAAGAAAAAGCACUUAAACGACGAGAGGCCCUAGAUAGGGCAAAGAGAAAUGGUAGCAUUGUCUCAAUGAACUUGAAAGAGGCGUUUGCCCGUAGUGCAGAACUGAUGGAUGUAGUUGUAGAGAAGAGUGAGAGGCCUCAUGACAACCAUUUCUCUCCAAGCCGUUGGAAAUGGACCCCCAAGAGAGCUGCAUCAGAGACAAGCUCAAACCGUUCCUUCAAUGCCCAGGAAUUAGGCUCUCCCAGUAAGGCCAGAGACACCAGUCCCCAGAGGCUAAAUGUUCAGAAGUUAGAGGAGAUGUACAACCACAUGGCCAAGACACAAUCCCAGCCAAACCUUAAUGCUAAAGACAGGGGCUCCAGAGUUGGCAAGCAGAGGGAUGAGAUAGAGCUUGGGGCCAUCCAAGAUCAUAGGCCCCCGGUGCUCGGAACCAGAGAAGGAGUGGGGGACAUGAAAAGCUUGUCCAGUAUUGACAGCUACAUCAGUUGUGCAACAGACUUCCAGGAGAAUCCACGCUUCCCCCAUAGUCCAGCACUGGACCAUGGUCUUCAGGAAAGCAACCGGUUCUCCCAUAGUCUGGCUACAGCUUUGUCCCAGCACGGCAGUGCAAAAACAGGCCAGCAAACCACCGGGGAGCGUGAGCCCAUACUGACUCCUGUGUCUAUCACAAAGCCCUCAUGCUCAGAGAAUGCACGGAGAUUCUUUUUUUCUGGCAACUCCUCAAAAAGUCUUAUCCCCAAAGGAGGCUGGCGCAACGAUGGGGGGUCAGGCCCGCCCACACUCUCAGACAGCUCAGUCAUAUCAGACCACUCUCUGUUAAGCCCAGAAGUUUCUGUCUACACCACUGCCAGCAGCAGAACCCCUCCGAAGUCCCCAGAGAGCACCACCCUAGCCGCAACUGUCUUCACCUUCCAUGACUCCUCCAUCAGCAAAUACAUUGAUGCUGAUACAGAUGAUGAUGAGCACAACCGGGACAUCUCUGACGCCAGUCCCUCAGAGCGUCUUUUGGCUGGUUCAAGCCCAAAACGCAGCGUCAACAUCAAUUACCAGAAAGGUGUCAACCAUUUUGAAGCAGCCCAAAAAAUGCUGGGCCAGAACUGUCUGUUUCCCAUUGAAGGGAUUCGUGGGGUAGCUCAUGAGAAUCAUGUAGGACCUGAGUUGGCGCGUAGACCAAAGGUUGAGAGGGGGCGUCACAAUACUUUAGAUAAAAGCCUUUGAGGUACAAGUGCAGCAGACGUAAACAGGAAGCUGGAGCCAGAGUGCUUGUGAUGGAGACACUAGACAGACUAAAACACUUUAUAAGCCAGAGACAAAGCAAGAGGAAGA